AAACUAUAUCACAAUGCAAAAAGUUUUUCGAACAAAUGCAAAGUUUCUUGAGGGAACACAAUACUACAUGCAAAAGUAUUGUGAGUGAACGCAAAAGCAAUUAAAAAAAACUUUUUCUCCCAUUUCUUAUUUUUCCCAUCACUAUGUCCCCUAAUCUCAUCCUUUUUGACCCCCCCCAUUGUCCACAACAAUAUUUGAAAGCCUCCCCAACCACUCACAAUUUCUACCCAACAAAAUAUUUUAGAGCUUGGCAUAACUUUUUAGUUGUUUCCUUUGUCUUAUUUUAAAUAAUUUUAAGUCAUAUUGUGGCCCACUGGCUGAGAACCACUGCCUUAGAGACAAAAAAAAAAAAAAAGGUUAAACAGGUCCUGGAUGUUUUGUUUUUCCUACAAUGAAAGAAAAUCAUGCUAGUGAUGCCUUCACAAUGUACAAAGUUGGAUUAUGCACUAAUGUGAAGAGAAUGGUGUAGGUUAAGUUUUUCGGUGUUCAUCACAAAGCUAUUGUAUGGCUCCAGAAGACUUUGAGCACAAAACACUUCUUGUCAUACUGACUACUUUUAUGGUAAAUUUAUUGUGCUUUUUGUCCUUUUUUGAGCUUGAUUGUUCCUGGUUACUCUGUCGCUUUUCUAUACAUUUUUCAAAAUGUUUCAGUUUUUGUUCCAUAUGGGUUUGGAGCAACAUAAUGGUGAGUAAAUGUCAGAAUUUUAAACAAUUCCUUUAAAAUAUAAAGUUCUGUUCUGAUGACAACUGGAAAGUACAAUCUCACUAUUGAACCUGUUUGUGGCAACCUCAUAAUUGGUUUGGGUUCUGUUGUACUAGACAGGAGAAGGCUGAUGGUGUCACAGAUGCCUGCUGACCUGUUGCAUUAAACUUUCAGUAUGGUGUUGAACUCUCCAUGUCAGAGCCCAGGUUUGGUUACACGUGAAGCACCCCAUAUUCUACCAUACUGAGGCAAUACACAAACAAAACUAGUUUAAUAAUGGCUAUUUUUGCGGAUAAAGUUCGGACUUUUCUGCGUGCUCACGCGUUCACCUUCAUGAUGAUGGCCUAUGGCCUCUUGAUUAUCAUCGGUGCUGUUGUUUUGAUGAUAUUGGAGCAACCUGAGGAGAAUUUGCUCGUUACAGAGAUCCGUGAACUAAAAGCUCGUUUUUUGGCAGAGAACCCUUGUGUUAAGGAAAGCAGUUUGGAUAGUUUGUUAAUGAACGUGCUUUCUGCGAGUAAACGUGGCGUGGCCGUACUGAAAUCCGACAGCGAUGAAUGCAACUUCGACUUUACGUCGUCGCUGUUUUUCGUCAUUACCUUCCUCACGACCACAGGUUAUGGCACCACUGUGCCCCUUUCGGAUGAGGGCCGUGUGUUCUGUGUUGUUUACUGUCUUGUGGGCAUCCCAUUCACCAUGCUGCUGCUGUCAAGCCUCACUCAUGCCCUUCUGCCCCGGGUAACACACACUCCUAUUCAGAACCUUCAAGUCUUCUGGGGACUGUCUCGCAACCAUGCUGCGUUGCUGCACUGCAGUGUGCUUGCCUUUUGCACAGCGACAUUGUUCUUUCUAAUACCCGCUGGUGCCCUCUGUCUGCUGGAGAGCAACUGGAGUUACCUGGAGUCGCUGUAUUUUUGUUUUAUCUCACUUAGCACGACUGGACUGGUUGACUACCUGCCUGGGAGGACGCAAAGCCUAGCAGCACGUCAGGGGCUGGAGUUCGCAACCUCCUGUUACCUGAUACUUGGGCUGAUUGUCCUGCUUGUUGUUCUGGAAAGCUUCUGGGAACUGCAGCAGGUUCAAGGCAUUCUGCGUUUUUUCGCAGGACCACGGGAGGGUGAGCUGAAGGGGGUGGGUUUGGAUGAGCUUGUGCUCAGUUGGGACAUGACAGGUCCAGAAGAGGAACCUCAUUAUACUCUUCCUAUAUCCACAAUCUCCCCUGCUUUCUCAGACUCACCUGCCACUCCAACAAUAGAGCUGCCACCAAUCUUUGACAUGCCACCCAUGGCGACCUCCAAAGAAAAUGUACCCCCUUCACUAAGACCAAACUCCACACCAGAUCUGUGUCAAUCCCCGUCCACUACAUAAUGGAACUGGACAUUGUAAGAAGAAUAAACAAUAUCCAGCAAUGGUGUGCCUCCAUAAUAAUAGCAAUAAUAGCUUUAGUAACUAGAAUCUGGCAAACACUAGGUGGCGGUAUUUGUUUGUUUUCUUCAAUACUCUUGGGCUUGCUCUGAGUGGUACAUGCAUUUAUAUUUAUAAUCUGUUUUAUAAACAAGUUACAUUUAUAAUACAGAUUAUAUGAAUAUAAAAAAAAUAUAAUCAAAGAUUAUGAAUAUAUUAUUCAUUAUUAAAUAUUUGAAAAACAAUAUUGUCCAACAUAUUACUAGUCAAAGUUUGGGCACACUUAUUAAUUCUUUAUUAUAAUAUGUGUUUUAUUUUCAAUAUUUGAAAAACAGUAAAGUAUAUCUACUGUUGAAAAGUUUGGGGUUGGUAAGAUGUUUAAAUGAUUUCAAAAAGACGUCUCAUAUGCUCAUCAGGCCUGCAUUUAUUUAUCAAAAACAUGGUAAUAUUGUGAAAUAUUAUUACAAUUUUUAAAAAAUAGAAAUGAAAGAGAUAUCUUUUGUAGCGUUGUAAAGGUCUUCACUGUGCCUUUUGAUCAAUUUAAUGCAUAGUUGACCCCAAACUUUUGGACCGUAUUAAAUGCUUUCUCAUAUAAUGUUAUAUUCUACCUUCUUCAAAGUAGCCUUGAUAACGGCUCAACCACCUGAAAUCAGUGCAUUCAGUUCAGUACUACUAUUUUACAGUAAUACUUAAACGCAUACCUCAGGUCUUCAGCGACCCGGUAUG